CUAUGAAGCGCGAGUAUCAACUUGUUAUUUCUGUGACAAGAAGAUUUGUCGUUUCCUCAUUUAGUUAAAACCACAGCAUUAACUGAUUAUACAUAUAAUUUAGGCAAAUUUGGACAAAAUGAGUCUGUCCCUGAGAGCUGAGUUUGCUUUGGAUAAAAAUAAAAAGAAGAAGAAAAGGGAGCUAGCGAAUGAACAGAAACAAGAAAUAAAAGAAGCUUUUGAUUUAUUUGAUACAGAUAAAGAUAGAGCUAUAGAUUAUCAUGAACUAAAGGUAGCAAUGAGAGCUCUAGGAUUUGAUGUAAAGAAAGCUGAUGUGUUAAAGAUAUUAAGAGAUUAUGAUAGAGAAGGAAGUGGUAAAAUAACAUUUGAGGAUUUUAAUGAAGUCAUGACAGAUAUGAUGUUAGAAAGAGAUCCACAAGAAGAAAUAGUGAAGGCAUUUAAACUUUUUGACGAUGAUAGUUCUGGAAAAAUUAAUUUACGUAAUCUAAGACGAGUUGCUAGAGAGUUGGGUGAAAAUAUGACUGAUGAAGAAUUAAGAGCUAUGAUUGAUGAAUUUGACAGAGAUGGCGAUGGGGAAAUAAAUGAAGAAGAGUUUCUAGCCAUAAUGACUGGUGAUACAUAAUGUUAUAACACAGUGAAAGACACAUUACACAUUACGCAUAAUUAGGGACCAAUGUUUUCAUUGUAUUUCAUAUAUACUGAAGGAAAUCAAAAUCUCAAAGUGUUGGUGAAUCUGAGUUCUUCAAAACUAUAGGCAAGAAUACAACUCAAAUCCUUUAAAUUGGAAUUGAUUUAUAGUAACAUUGAGAGCCAAUUUAUAGGGUAUAUUUUUAUCCUAGUCGUAAUAAAGAGUUAGCUAUGAGACUAACGCUGAAAUAAUUUUCUAGAACCAAAAUUUACUUUAUGCCUUUGUGUUCACAGACUUUCUGUCAAGGCCUCUGAUUGGCUGUAAUCGCUAGCAAACAAUCUAAUCAAAUAGCCCAAUUUACAAACUUCCAUGAUACAAGAAAGGUGACUUUUAAAUUCAAGGUUUAAGUAAGAAGUUUGUAAUAGCUUGAUAUUGUGAAAAUGAUCUUUUCUCAUCAAUCAAGGGCACACUCAUCAUACUUAACUGUGGUUGUAUUGGGCACAUUAUUAUUGGCGAGGAAGUUGAAUUUCAUGUCAAAUUAUCUAAAUAUAUCGCGAAUUGUCAAGAAUCCAAUCAAAUUCAAUAUGCUUGCCAACAAUAAAGUGUGCAAUUUCGACCAUGAUUCUUUCUACUGUAAUACGUUUCUUGUUAAAUUUUCCUUCUACUUUGUGUAUAUAUUUAGUUACUUUUAAUACAAAAUAUAGAAAG